AUGAAAGUGAACAUUAAAAAUUGGAAGGGUGUAGCAAGUUGGAAAUGGGUCGCAAAUGACGAUAGUUGCGGUAUUUGUCGUAUGCCCUUUGAUGCUUGUUGCCCGGAUUGCAAAUUACCUGGAGACGAUUGUCCCUUAGUUUGGGGUGAAUGUUCACAUUGUUUUCAUAUGCAUUGCAUUGUAAAGUGGCUGCAGUCUCAACCUGUUAAUCAGCAGUGUCCCAUGUGCAGGCAAGAGUGGAAGUUUAAUAACAAAUAA